GAGGGCAGCAGCAGCUGUGCAGGGCAGCGGGACCAUGAGCAACAGCACCUGUGUCUCCAAACAGCUCACCUGGCCCCCCUUGGUCAAGAUCGUCCUCUCCACCUACACGGGGCUGCUGCUGGGUCUGGGGCUGCUGCUCAACGGCCUGGCGCUCUGGGUGUUCUGCAGCCGUAUGCGGCGAUGGACUGAGACCCGCAUCUACAUGGUCAACCUGGCAGUGGCCGACUUCUGCCUGCUCUGCGCCAUACCCUUCUUCCUACACUCCCUGAAGGAGAGGACCACAGACACGCCCUUCUGCCAGGUCUCCCAGGGCGCCUACCUGGCCAACAGGUACAUGAGCAUCUGCCUGGUCACGGCCAUCGCCGUGGACCGCUAUGUGGCCGUGCAGCACCCGCUGCGUGCCAGGGCACUCCGCUCCCCUCGCCAGGCUGCGGCCGUGUGUGCAGCGCUCUGGGCACUGGUGGGCGGCUUGCUGGGGCUGCGCUGGGCCCUGGGCAUGCAGGAGGGCGGCUUCUGCUUCUCGAAUGCGUCCCGGCAAAGCUCCAACACCAUGUUCUUCUCCCUGCUGGGCUUCUUCCUGCCGCUGGCCGUGCUGGUCUUCUGCUCCCUGCGCGUGGUCACCGCCCUGGGCCAGAGGCCGACAGCCAGCCCGGACCAGGCAGAGGCGACCCGGAGGGCCACCCGCAUGGUCUGGGCGAACCUGGCUGUGUUCGUGGUCUGCUUCCUACCCAUUCACGUGGUGCUGAUGGUGGUCGUGGCCACGAGCUUGAACACCUCUGCCAUCUGCUAUGCGCUCGUCAUCACAGGCAAGCUCUCGGAUGCCAACUGUUGUCUGGACGCCAUCUGCUACUACUUCAUGGCCGAGGAUUUCCAGGAGGCAUCUUCACUGGCCUCGAUGCCCAUUGCCAAGGCCCACAGGAAUGAGAACUCCCUCUCUGUGACCCUUGCCUAGAACAAGUCGUGGACACAUGGGCUAGGUCCCAGGCUCUCCGGGAGGCCCUGCCUGCUGGGGCAUCCCUGAACUCGCUGUGGCCGUUGGGCAUGCUCCAGGAGCCUGGCAGGGUGGAAAGGGUGCGGGCACGGACCCUGAGGCAGAGUCGUCCCAACCCCUGGGAUGGAAGAGGGUCGGGACCAGAGCAGGAGGCCUGAAGGCUGAGUGAGGCCAAUCUUGGACAGGGCCAACACGGGAGCGCCCAGAGUCUGGCACCCCUGGGGUACUGGAGUGC